UUCGGAGACCAUAACCGUCACUUCAUUUUCUUCCAAUUUCAUUCCAUCAUCAUCAUCAUCAUCUCCCCAUCUCAUAUCUUUCAUUUCAUUAAUUUCACAUCACAAAUCUCUCUCUCUAUCUCUCUCACACACACACACUACUUCAUAAGCUCCCCAUCUGUCUCCGACAUUCUCACCUUUUCCGGCUAUGGCGAAGAAGAAGAACCAAAUCAACAAUGAGAACGACGGCGGCAACGGUGGUGGUGGUGGUGGCGGCGGCGGUGACGGUGGAAAGAAGCAAAAAGCUUCCGACAUUAAUGUGGUGGUUCUGAAAAUUGACCUGCACUGUGAAGGUUGUGCUGGUAGAGUGGUUAAAGCUGUCCGUACACUCGAUGGUGUUGAGUCUGUGAGGAUUGGUGAUAGUGAAUUGAACAAACUCACGGUGAUCGGUAGAUUGGAUCCGGUCAAACUCCGGCAAAAAGUUGAGGAGAAAACUAAGAAAAAAGUGGAAGUUAUCUCCCCGUCGGUUAAAAAGUCCGACGGGGAGAACAACCACCAGUCUGGCGGCGGAGAGAGUAAGAAGAAGCAACAAAAACCACAUGAAAAUGACAAACCAUUUCUUGAUAAGACGAAAACCGCCAAUAAACCAAAAGAGAUUCCGGUAACAACAGGGGUGUUGAAGGUUCCUUUGCAUUGUCAAGGCUGCAUUAGGAGGAUUUAUAAACUUGUUACCAAAACCAAGGGAUUUAUGGAUAUGUCUUUUGAUAAAAACAAGGAUUUGGUGACGGUGAAAGGCGCGAUUGACAUGAAGUUAUUGGCCGAGGCUUUGCAAGAGAAGUUGAAGAGGGGGGUGGAGGUAGUUCCAUCAAAGAAAGACGGCGAUGGUGAGAAAAAAGGGAAAAGCGCCGGUGGAGGCAAUGACGGAGAGGGUAAAGGCAGCGGUGGUGGUGAGAAGAAGGGGAAAAACAAAGGUGGUGGAGACGGGAAUGGUGGCGAUGGUGGUAAGCCGGAUAUUUAUAGAAUGGAAAAUUACGGUGGUCCGAUGGUGUAUCCGUAUCCGCAAUACGCAUACGGGCCGGGUUUUGUGGAGUACGUACAUGCUCCUCAGUUGUUCAGUGACGAAAACCCGAACGCUUGUGUUGUUAUGUAACCGGGAAGGUAGAAGUGGAGAUGAGAAGCAGUAUAUAGGUUUAUAAAACGUUUUGGGAAUUUUGUAGUCCGGUAAUUAAAUUGUUUGUAUUAACUUUCUAUUAUCUACCAUUUAACUUUGUAAUCUUGAGUUUUCUUAGGUUUUAGUAAGUAUAUGUUUAAUUCUUGAGUUUUCUUAGGUUUUAGUAAGUGUCGAGCUAUUAUGCGGAUGUAAAACUCAGAUGUGCGUUAACUAAAAAUUGACACUGAUCCGCAUCGAAUGAACUGAAUACAUAUUCAAUGGA